AUGACGCAGCAAGGUGACGGAGAACCAUUGGUCUCCUCUCUCUGGACGAGAUCCCUCCUGUCCGGUGCCGUCGCUGGUCUCACCGUUGACUGUUCUCUCUACCCUCUCGAUACCAUCAAAACCCGUCUUCAAAAGGCACGCGACCUCUCCGCUCCUCCGGCUCCUCGCUUGUCCCUCCGACAGACCAUCCGUGGCAUCUACGCCGGACUUCCCUCCGUCCUCUUUGGCUCCGCGCCCUCCGCGGCAUCCUUUUUCAUUGUCUACGACGGUGUCAAGCGCGCCCUUCUUCCUCCAGCCAGCUCGUCCGACAUCCCUUCCACCGCCCAUGUCUUUCUCACCCACUCCCUCGCCUCCUCUCUCGGUGAGAUCUCCGCCUGCGCCGUGCGCGUGCCCACCGAGGUGAUCAAGCAACGGGCACAAGCUGGCCUCUUUGGCGGAUCGAGUUUACUGGCGCUCAAGGAUAUCCUGUCCCUCCGCCACGCGGCACCCUCCACGUCGGGCUCGGCCGGGUCGAGCGCGGGUCCGUCCGCGGUCCCCGUCAAGCGUGGUUAUGGCCAGGUUGUCCGGGAACUGUACCGCGGCGCGGGCAUCACUAUUGCUCGUGAGAUCCCCUUUACCGUGCUCCAGUUCACCAUGUGGGAAUCGAUGAAAGCCACCUAUGCUCGACGCUAUCUACAAGGAGACGGCUCGUCGUCUUCGUCGUCCACCGCCGUCUCCUCCAAGGAAGCGCAGAUUCCUGCCUCCACAAGUGCCAUGUUCGGUAGCGUGGCGGGUGCGAUUGCCGCCGGUCUGACGACACCACUCGAUGUGAUCAAGACGCGAGUGAUGCUGGCACGUCGGGGAGAUGGCGGCGCAGAUGCACCUGUGCGGGUAAAGGAGAUUGUCCGCGGCAUUGCGCAAGAAGGUCUCGGUGCCUUUUGGCGCGGCGUUGGACCCCGCGUUGCCUGGAUCGGUAUCGGUGGAGCGGUUUUCUUGGGAAGUUACCAGUGGGCGUGGAAUACAUUGGAGGGUGCGAAAGAGCGAGAUGAGCAGCUGUCUGAGGGGAUAUAG